CUAAUUUCGUUUUAUAUUUUUAGGUUAGAUAAUAAUAAUUUUUGGUGACGCUUUCAAUAAAACUAUUUUUAUAAGUUAAGUAAUAAUAAUGGCUGAUUCUGACGAUGAAUAUGACCGGAAAAGAAGAGAUAAAUUUAGGGGCGAAAGGAGCGCUGGAAGCGAUAAUUACCGUUCUGAGCGUAGAGAAGAAAGGCGUCGUGAAGAUUGGCCUGAAAGAAAUCCGUUCAGGGGUGGUCGCUCAAGGCCGGACUAUACAUCUGGUGGAAGAGGAAGUGGACGAUACUCACCACCACCAAAGCGAAUGAGACCAGACUGGGGUGAUGAUGUUAGACCCAGAUAUGUGCACGAGGCAUAUGGUAUGUAUGCUUGGGGUCCGGAUCAUUAUCCAAUACAUGGUUUACAUCCAUACGGAAUGCCAUCGCAGGCACCUCAUAUGAGAGCAGCAGCAGCAGCUGCUGCCGCCUCGGAAGCUCAAGCUAAUAAUGAUUUGCAAACUCAGCCACCAAUGUUAACUUUAAAGCAGUAUCUCGACACUCAAGAUGACAGUAUCUCUGAUUCUGAAGUAUUAAAAAAGUAUGGAGAAUACAAAUUAGAGUUUAAAAGACAGCAGUUGAAUGAAUUUUUUGUAGCUCAUAAAGAUGAAGAAUGGUUUAAAAAUAAAUACCAUCCUGAAGAAUCGUCCAAGCGAAAAGAUGAACAACUUGGCUUUUUAAAUCGUCGUGUUGAAGUUUUCACGGAACUGUUAGAACAAGGUUCAAUAACAAACGUAACAGUUGAUGCCAAUCAAGCAGAUCCUUUGUUAAGAUUGCUGGAUACCGUAGUAAUCAAAUUGGAAGGUGGUACAGAAGAAGAUCUUAAAGCUUUAGAUGAAAAACCUCAAGAAAUUAAACCAGAAAUCUUAAACAAAAAAGCGGAAGAUGAUGACGUUAUUGAAGUAAAGGUUAAAAAAGAAAAAGACGAAACUGAAAAGGGAGAGACCGAUUGGGAUGAAGAAGCUGAGAAAAGGCCGAUAGUAGCAGUAUCGAAGCCACCAAAAGCUUCUGGCGAUUCGGAUUGGGAUGAGUCGGAAACAGAAGAAAAAACGGAGGAACAACCGAAAGCAAAUGAAUCAAAGAAGAGGAAGCGAAGUCAUUCUGCAUCAAGUUCCAGCAGCAGCAGUUCUUCUUCCAGCUCGUCUUCUUCUAGUGACGAUGAGUCCAAAAAGCGUGAAGACAAGAGAGAAGACUAUAGGAAAUAUGAAAUUGAUAAAGAAGUUGAAGAAAAUAAAACUGAAGAAAAUGAAAAAGACAAUUCUGAAAAAGUAGAAAAUGAAACAGAUGAUACGGAGAAAGAAAAAAAUGAAUCUACUUUAGAAGAAGUUACAGAUAAAGUCUAUAAAGAAGUUACGCCAGAAGUUGUUCAAAAUGGGCAAACUAAGCCGGAAGAAAGUCUUGAAGAAAACAAUGAUGAAAAAUUGAUAGAAAAAGCAAGUGUAGUACUUCCUGAUGAAGAUAAAGAAAAAUCAUCAUCCGAAAUUGCUGAGAUUAAAGAAAACCAAAUAACUCCUCGACAUUUACAUCGAACUAGCUCUAUAUUUUUAAGAAAUCUAGCUCCCAGUAUAACAAAAGCUGAAAUUGAAGCUAUAUGUAAGCGUUAUGAUGGUUUUCUUAGAGUUGCCAUUGCGGAUCCCUUAGUUGAGAGAAGGUGGUUUAGACGCGGUUGGGUAACAUUUAAGCGAGAUGUCAACAUUAAAGAAAUAUGUUGGAACCUGAAUAAUAUUCGUUUGAGAGAUUGUGAAAUGGGUGCCAUUGUUAAUAGAGACCUCAGCAGACGAGUACGCCCUGUAAAUGGAAUCACUGCGCACAAAACAAUUGUUCGGAGUGAUAUAAAACUAUGCGCAAAAAUUAUUUUAAACUUAGAUGAAAAAUUCAAUUUAUGGUUAAAUAAACUUGAUGGAAUUGAGCAGGCAGUUUUCGUCAACAAAGGUGACGAAAAUAUUUUGGAAAAGGACGUUGCAACAUUUGGAUUCAAAUCGAAUAACCCAGUUUUGCAAAAUAUAACAGAUUAUUUGAUUGAAGAAGCUUCUGCCGAAGAAGAAGAACUUUUAGGUUUAUCAUCUGGGAGCACUUCGGAAAAUAAAGAUAAUAAUGAGGUAGAACAGCUAGAACGUGAUCAGCAAUUAUUAUCUGUUUUGGAUAAACUAAUUUUGUAUCUUCGAAUUGUUCAUUCAGUUGAUUUUUAUAAUCACUGUGAAUAUCCAUAUGAAGAUGAAAUGCCUAAUCGUUGUGGUAUUAUACAUGCUCGCGGUCCAGCUCCACAAAAUAAAGUUACGCAAUCCGAUAUGCAAGAUUAUAUUAAAAAUUUUGAAGGCAAAAUGUCUUCAUUUUUUGCAAAGAGUACACCCAUUGAACCUGAUGAAAUGAAAAAUUUGGGAGCAAAAGAUCCAGAAGCAGAAGUUGAAAAAUUUAUUCAAGCUAAUACUCAAGAGCUGGCUAAAGACAAAUGGUUGUGUCCAUUAUCGGGCAAAAAGUUCAGAGGCCCUGAGUUUAUACGCAAGCAUAUAUUUAAUAAACAUGCGGAAAAAGUUGAAGAAGUACGAAAAGAAGUGGAAUACUUUAAUAAUUAUUUAAAAGAUCCAAAACGACCUCAAUUGCCUGAGCAUCCUGGUAACAAUAAGAGACAGCCAACUGCCGACAUACCUCCACAUCCCGGUUUUAGACCAAGCUAUGCUCUUCCAACUUAUGCUCCUCCAUAUGCAGCUUAUGCACCCCCAAUGGUGGCUCCUCCUAGGAGAGGCUUUGGAGGAAGACGCGAAUUGCCAGGAGGACAUGAACGACGUAUUAUAGGUUAUCAUGAUUUGGAUGCUCCACCAAAUUUCGAUAUGUUCGAUUAAAUUUAAAUAGUAACGGCCAAUUCGCUAUUAUAAUUUUCAAUAAUAAAUGAAUUUUUAAUAUAUGAAGCAAAUAAUAUUUCUAUUAUAUAAAUAAACGUAAUGCAUAAAAGAUAUGCAAUAGAAAACUCGCUUUGUGUUGAAAAAUUUAUUUCGCAGUUUAAAUUAAAAAGAAUUAGCGGAAAAUUGACAAAAGAAAAUUUUGUAUUUUUAAUUCGUGUAAUUAUAAAUUUUAAUUUUACGUAGAUAUUUGUAUUGAUAAAAUGGUUAUUUUAACAAUAAUUAAUUUAUAAUAUUUUGCAAGAUUGAAUAAAAGUUAAUUUGUUUUUUUUUUUUUUUUGUUUGCAUAUUGGAAAAGAAAAUAUGUAGUAAGAAAAAACUAUAUAAAAUAAAUGCUCUUAUGGAAAGAAUCGAUCAAAACAAAAGCCAAUGAAAAUUAUAAAAACUUUAAUAGCUAUAAAAAUAAAAGAAAAAUUACAAAAAAAAAAGAAUUUCAU